AUUUAAUAGGACAAGCCCGGCCAGUGACUGUCAGUUCAAGCAAAACAACACAGCAUCGUAAAUUGUCUGGUCUAUCUUUUAUUGUUGCCAAGAACAAUAAUAGUAACUUGCUAAUUAUCAAGCUAUGGAGCCAAAACUGGUCUUAGCUUUGUUUCUGUUAAUCUCUGCAACUGCUACAAGUGAAUACACUAGGCCUCCAACUCGAAAGACUCUUGAUUUUUCAAGGCCUUCAAAGUCUUCUUCUCAUCCCCAACAGGUGCACAUCUCUUUGGCUGGAGACAAGCACAUGCGAGUCUCAUGGGUGACUGAUGAUAAAUCUGCUGCAUCAAUGGUGGAAUAUGGAACUUCUCCUGGAAGAUACAGCAAUAUAGCUCUAGGAGAGAGCACGUGGUAUAGCUACCUAUUUUAUAGCUCUGGAAAGAUACACCACACAGUCAUUGGACCUCUGGAGGAUAACACAGUUUAUUACUAUCGAUGUGGAGGAGGUGGUCCUGAGUACAAGCUCAAGACCCCUCCAGCUCAGUUCCCAGUUACUUUUGCUGUGGCUGGAGAUUUAGGUCAAACUGGCUGGACUCAAUCAACACUAGAUCAUAUUGAACAAUGCAAAUAUGAUGUGCACCUGCUGCCCGGAGACCUUUCAUACGCUGAUUACAUGCAGCACCUCUGGGACACAUUUGGUGAGCUGGUUGAGCCACUUGCCAGCGCAAGACCUUGGAUGGUAACGCAGGGGAAUCAUGAAAGAGAAAGCAUUCCAUUCCUCAAGGAUGGUUUUGAAUCCUACAAUUCUAGAUGGAAGAUGCCAUUUGAGGAGAGUGGGUCAAGUUCAAAUCUUUAUUAUUCCUUCGAAGUUGCAGGGGCUCAUAUUAUUAUGCUUGGCUCAUAUACUGAUUAUUAUGAGUACUCGGAUCAAUAUAACUGGCUCGAGGCUGAUCUUGCCAAAGUGGACCGGAAUAAGACACCUUGGCUGCUCGUACUAUUCCAUGUCCCAUGGUACAAUAGCAAUGAGGCUCAUCAAAACGAAGGGGACAAGAUGAUGGAAGCUAUGGAGCCAUUACUUUAUGCUGCUAGUGUGGACAUUGUGCUGGCUGGCCAUGUUCAUGCUUAUGAACGCACGGAACGUGUAAACAAUGGAAAACUGGAUCCAUGUGGUGCUGUCCAUAUUACAAUUGGAGAUGGGGGCAACAGAGAGGGCUUAGCCCGCAAAUACAAAAACCCACAGCCAGCCUGGUCAGUCUUCCGUGAAGCAAGUUUUGGCCAUGGCGAGCUCAAAUUAGCAAAUUCAACUCAUGCCUACUGGAGUUGGCACAGGAACGAUGACGAUGAGCCUGUUAGAUCAGAUCAGGUCUGGAUAACUUCAUUGGUGAAUUCUGAAUGCGUUGCUGAAAAGAAACAUGGAAUGAGGAAGAUUCUAAUGGGACCUUGAGAUGUUCACAUUUUUGUUACAUUUUAUGCUAGAAACUUCACACUAGGGAGGUUAAUGUAAAUAGUUCGUGAUACAAUCUACCAUGUUAUCUCAGUCAAGUAGAUAACAUUAAGCCGACAUCUCUUGUCUGUUUGAUCGCUGUUGCCUGUGGACUACUGACUGGAGCUGAAUGUAGUAAGGGUCAAUAACUGUUGUUUUAUCUUAGACAUUUGUAUAUUUUAUACUUUACAUAUUGGCUG